UAGAUUUCUUAGACCAUGUCUGGUGCUCCGAGAUUGAGGUCCAUGAAUACGGCUGAUUCCGAGCCAAGGCCCGUACUGGGACCUGCUGGGAACAAGGCAGGCACAUUGAGUUCAAGAAAACCAACUUCAAAGCCAUUAAGAAAGAUUGAAAAGUGUCCAGCUGAGGCCACUUUAGCAGAGGAGAAAAAUGGCCUUCCUUCGCCUAAAGUUAAUUCUCUUUCCCCAAAAUCCCAUUCUGUUAGUGUCCCUUCAGUGCUAGGCCGCCACGAACAGUUAUUACAUUCUAAUUUUUCACUAAAUGCCUCGUGUUCCUCCGAUGCUUCCACGGAUUCAUUUCACAGUCGAGCAUCUACCUAUGGUAGGUUAAUUCGGUCAAAUAGUGACAGAACUAGGAGGAAGCCGUACUUGUCAAGUCCAAGGAGUGUUGUUUCUGAUGGUGGCUUGGAUUCGCCGCCCGAUGGUUCACAUCAGAGGAAGAGAUGUGCUUGGGUGACACCAAAUACAGAUCCGAUCUAUGUUGCUUUCCAUGAUGAAGAGUGGGGAGUUCCGGUACAUGAUGACAAGAAAUUGUUUGAGCUGCUUGUACUUGCGGGUGCAUUGUCUGAACUUACAUGGCCGGCUAUCCUAAGCAAAAGACGCAUCUUUAGGGAAAGUUUUGCGGAUUUUGAUCCCAUUGCCGUAUCGAAACUGAAUGAAAAGAAGUUAAUAGCACCUGGUAGUAUGGCAAGUUCCUUGUUAUCGGAACUAAAGCUGCGUGGUAUCGUCGAGAACGCACGCCAAAUGUCCAAGGUUAUAGAUGAGUUCGGGUCAUUCGACAAGUAUAUCUGGAGCUUUGUUAACCACAAGCCUAUCGUUAACAGAUUCAGAUAUCCUCGUCAGGUCCCGGUUAAAACUCCGAAAGCAGAUGUCAUAAGCAAAGAUUUGGUAAGAAGGGGUUUUCGAAGUGUGGGGCCAACAGUCAUCUACUCUUUCAUGCAAGUCGCCGGAAUAACAAACGACCAUCUCACGAGUUGUUUCAGAUUCCAGGACUGUAUAAACACAGUGGAUGGAAAAGAAGCAACUAGGACCAAAGAUAUGCCCGAAGAGGAAAAAUCAGAUAACAUGAUUGAAUCAGAAUUAUCCAUAGCUAUCGAUGAAUUUUCUCUUAAGAAUGAUAUUGGCACGCUCCAGGUUCGAUCAUCAGUUCUACCACAUUGACUGAUUCACUGCUCUUUUGUGUAGUAACUAUGGUGGUUUUGUGUAUAAAGUUUCAUGAACAACUAUGCAUACUGAAUUUUCUAGAUUGUAGAUCUAAAGUAAACUAAAUUUAACUGAUGAAUGUGCUGCUUGAUGGGGCCUCUGUCGUGGAAGUC